CGCGGCGCCCGUGGCGCCGUCAGGUUUAUCUUCCUUCUUUCUUGCUGCGGCUUGUGCCUCCGAGAAUAGCUGGAGGACUGUAUUAUCUUUGUUUAUUGGAUAGAGACAGCCGGAAACCGAGAGGGUAGGGCUCUGCUUCACCACUCGCUUUCCCCCUGCAGUGCCAGAACUCCAAAGAAAACUUUAGGGAGAACAUAUACCAUGGAAGAUAAAGAUGAUCCAAAGCACAAGCCUAUAGAUGUAUUUGAUUUUUCUGAUAUGUCUGAUAUCUCGAGCAUUGGCAGACUGGGUGAAAAUGAAGAACCUUUUGAAAUCUUUGACCCUCCUUUACACAGCACAGCUAUAGAUGCUGAUGAAGUCAUCAGUGGACUAUCCAUCCACUCAACUCCUCAAGGGAAAGACGCAAAAAGAAGCUUGGACACAUCUGAAAUUGAAUCAAGUGACAGUGAAUCUGUAACAAUUAGUGCAAAAAAGCAGCGAAAGAAGCCCAAGCCCACUAUUAAUGAUAAAUCUGAAACCGAUAAAGAAAGUGAUGUAAGAAGAAAAGUUAACACAGAUAAAAUAACUACACAAGAUGAAGCUACUCCAGCAACGGCAUCUUCAGAACUUCCAGAGGAUCCAGCUAAAUCAGUCACCCCUCAGAAGAGAGUACCCCAUAGUGCUGAGCCCUCUACUGGAAAGGAGACCCUGACAAGAGAGAGUCAACCGAACAUUCAGAAAAAAGAAAAGUUAUUUCAUGGCAAAAAGAAGAAAUCAAAAAAUAAGAACUCAGGUACUUCUGACUAUGUUCAUAUAUGGUGUCUGAAAAAAAAGAAAACAAGUGACAUCACAGAGUUAGAUGUUGUCUUAUCUACAUUUGAGAAAAUCUGCCUAGAGUACAAACAAGAAGUAAAAUCUGAAGUUUGUAAGGAAGCCAUUAGUAAAUUUCAUUCUAAUAUUAAAGAAGAACUCAUCAAAAUGCUUAAAGAAGUUCAGAUGGUGAAAACUCUGCAAAGAAAGAAUACUAAGGUGAUUUCAGAUAUCAAUAAGAAAAGGCAACGUCUGAUUGAAGUCCAAGAUGAAGUGCUUUGGUUAGAACCACAACUGAAACAACUUCAAGUAAAAUAUGAGGAACUGAAGGAAAGAAAAUCUGCCCUUAGGAACGCAGCAUACUUUUUAUCUAAUUUAAGGCAACUUCAUCAGGAUUAUUCAAAUGUUCAAGAGAAAAAACCCAAAGUAAAGGAAAUGUAUGAUUCAUCUAGUCUCCCAGCUCUGUUAUUUCAAGCAAGAACCCUUUUGGGAGCUGAAAAUCAUCUUCAAAAUAUCAACCAGCAACUAGAGAAGCUCCUUGCCCAGGAUUAAGGCCAGUCUGUUAAGAUGUGCCUAUAUAAAAGUUAUUUUCAUGCUAUUAAUCUGCUGCUUUCUGAAACUGUAUAAAUUCCUUUUCAAAAAACUGACAUGGAAUAUAAUAGCUUUAGAAGCAGUAAUUGCCUGUAAAUAUUAAAAGUUGUCCACUGCACACAUGCAAGAUUACAACUAAAUGUAAAUAAGUACACUGAAACUAAUUUUCAAUAAAACUUGUUUAUUAAAGA